UUGAAAAGCAACAUAUAGAAGAGAAUCAAGUAUCACACACACAAGGCAAGGAUAGAUGGAAAAAGACAAGGAGGGGAGACUGAGACUCCAAUGAACCCAUCAACACUUUUUUACUGUCUUCUCAAAAACAAGUGUUUUUCUUCUCUCUCUGGCCUGCAAGGCGAUUCAUUUCAAGCAGUGAAAAAGAAACUCAAAACAUGAGUGACAGUUUGAAGGAAAAAGUGAACGCCAUAGGAGAGCGUCUCAAGAUCAAUGGAGCUGAGAUGGGUCGAAAGAUGAGUGCUGGAAUAGGUACUAUGAGUUUCAAGAUGAAAGAGUUUUUCCAAGAACCAAACCAAGCCGAAAAACUCGUUUACGAAGCUACUUCUGAGUCUCUUGAUGAGCCUAACUGGGAUAUGAUUCUUAAUAUAUGUGACAUGGUUAAUGCUGAAAAACUUUAUACUUGUGAUGUGGUACGUGCCAUCAAGAAAAGGAUCAUGAUGAAAAGUGUUAGAGGUCAGUAUUUGGCUUUGGUUUUGCUUGAAGCGUUGGUGGAGAAUUGUGACAAGGGUUUCUUUGAGGUUGCAACUGAGAGAGUUCUUGAUGAAAUGGUUAAGAUUGUUGAUGAUCCUGAUCAGAGUUUUGUUGCUAGUAAGGAGAAGGCUUUGAUGAUGAUUCAGGUUUGGGGAGAGUCAAAUACUGAGCUUAGAUAUCUACCUGUUUAUGAAGAAACUUACAAGAGUUUGAAAUCAAGGGGCAUUCGGUUCCCUGGUCGUAACAAUGAAAGCUCGGCUCCUAUUUUAACUCAUUAUCACGCUCCCUCUGCACCAGAGAUUGAUCACAGUCUUGGACAUCUUAUUCAGCACGAUACUCAGCUUGAUCGCAGUCUUGCACAUCUUAUUCAGCGUGAAAAUCCUGUGCCGAGUCUCAAGCCUGAACAAACAAAGGAAGCUUUUGAUGUUGCAAGAAAUAGCACUGAGCUUCUCUCUUCUGUGUUAUCUUCUUCACCUCAGCAAAAUGUUCUUAAGCAAGAUUUGACCAUUACAUUAGUACAACAAUGCCAUCAGUCCCAAUCUACCGUCCAUAGAAUCAUUGCGACUGUUGGCGAAAAUGAAGCAUUGCUCUGUGAGGCCUUGAAUGUAAAUGAUGAGAUUCAUAAGGUUCUCUCCAAAUAUGAAGAGUUGAAGAAGAAGCCUAAAGCUUCUCCACUUGAACCAGAACAGAAUAUGAUGAUACCUGUUACGAUUGAACCAGAUGAGUCGCCUCAUUUUAGAGAAGAGGCCUUGAUUAGAAAGCCAGCUUGUUCAAGAACUGGUGUUCAGGGAUUGAGCCAUGAUGACAUGAUGGAUGAUCUUGAUGAAAUGAUUUUUGGCAAAAAGGGUGGGGAUGCAUCUGAAUGGAGACAAGAUCCUAAGAGAACCAACAAUCAUCAAAAUAUGACUCCAUCUUCUUAUAAGUUAUAACUAUAAGUUGUUGCUUCAAUACAUAUCUCAAGACAGUGUAUUAUUUGACUUCAUGCCACAUUCAGGGCCUGUUUGAAUGAGUUUUAGUUUUUAGUUUUUAAAAUAUAUUUUAUAAAUCAA